GAUGAUGUGAGGUUAUGUCAUAAAAUGUUAAAAUUGUUUUAUAUAAACUAAACAAAACUUAAUUAAUCCAUUAACUUUUUACUAUGGAUUAUACAGCAAUGAUGAAAUUAAGUUAGCAAUAAACUCGGGUGAGCGAGAAGAUUUCAAAUGUUUCGUCGAAAAACAAUCUUGAUAAUCGGCGUAAUAUUUUCGAUUGGAUUUUUGUUGUCUACGAACUAUCUGAAUUUCGAAUUGCCCAAAGGAAGCGACAGGAAAAUCGUCGACGAAAUUAUUUACGAAGAACUGAACAAAUUGCCGAAAUUCUACAAAUUAAGUCCCAAGAAUGCGAACGUCGAAGUGGAAGGUUUCUUCAAGAAUUUGAGCACGAGCGCGAAAUAUCCUUACAAAAAUCUAAGACAUCUGUGGCAAACAGCCAAUUCGUGGACGAAUAAGGAUAGGCUAGUGGAUAUUCGUAGUCCCUAUUUAAACGAUGUCGUUACGUCUAUGAAAUACGCGAAGAUAACGGGGGCCGAUUUGGACCAUCGAGGAACACAACUCAAGCUAAUCCUCACGCUAGAGGGUAACCAACAAGUCAUUUUCAAACCAAAAUGGUACGAUAUACGCAAAGUCCUGGAAGGACCGGUGUACGUGGGAAAAGACCGCUUCAACUCCGAAAUAAUAGCCUUCUAUCUAUCUCUCAUGCUAAAAAAACCCCUGUGCCCCGUAAGCACCACUCGAGAAAUAUCCCUUCAGAACGAUAUCCUACCGGUAGCGUCUAAAAGACUGUUAGAAACCGUGCUAGUGAGAAACAACAGGACUUGCGUGUACGGGAAAUGUUUCUUUUGCAAUCGCAACGAUCCGAUAUGUGAUAACGAAAACGCCCGCCUAGAGGGCGCUGUAAUAUUCAAUUUCAAAGCCAACUUGGUGAAUCAUCGAUCUCCUUGGCAACGUACUUACAAAAAAGACAAAAAUGCUCUCUGGCAAGAAUACACCGAGACUUAUUGCGACGUCAUCAAAGCGAAAUUAUCGAAGAGACGAUUGUACGACUUAGUCGAAGUGUCCAUAUUCGAUUUUCUAAUGCAGAACGGAGACAGGCACCAUUACGAGACCAUCGAGGACAACGUACUGUGGCUGGAUAACGGUAAAGGACUAGGCAAUCCUUACAAACACCACUUGGACAUUUUGGCGCCUUUGUAUCAAUGUUGCAUGUUGAGAAAAACAAUGUACGACAAUUUAUUGAAGUUAAGAGGCGGAGGACUGUUGGAACUUUUAAAUGGUAUACCCGACGUUGAAAGACUGAUAACGAACGAGCAUCUGAAAGCGAUCGAUGAGCGACUUCUCUUAGUAUUCGCUACCAUCGAAUAUUGCAAGAAAGGAAACGGUGAUUCAGUAUUCGACACUAUUCUGCAGUAGAGAAUGUUAUCAUCUAAUAAUUGGAAUCACCCGGAAAUUGUACGAAGUCGAAGGAAGGAGGCUUUGGUAUAAAACGGUGAAUUCCUGCAGGAGGCCGUUCGUCGUUUUCGUCACCGUCUGCCAACGAACGUCAUCUAAAAUCGUAUUUUAUUUAACAACAAUUCCACGACUACACGCCGAAUUAUUUUUUCUUUCAUACCUUUUCGCCUCGAUUCCACGUAAUAACCCAAAAUCGGACCUUUCCCCGACGCCCCGUUCGACCAUUUCAGUUCGAUGCUCGACAGGGUCUUCACCAAGGUGAGUUCUUUGGGCGUGCUGGGCGAACCGUCUUGCGGACCGGUCGUCACGUUACUGGCCACUGCCGGUCCCCAAUCGAUCGUUUGAGCUUUCACUUUAAACGUGUACGUCACCUCCUCCUCUAAGCUUUGUACUUGCAGGUACGUCGUGGUCACUUUUUGUUUCACUUGCUUGCUAUAACCUGGAAAUGUGUACUCGCUUUAAUUCGUUUCUACUUCGUUAAAAAAAAAAAAUAACAGUCUUACGGUCGUUUUCCACGGCCGUUUCGUACGUUACGAUGUAACUGAUGAUGUCGCCGUUCCUCUUUCUCGGCGGGUUCCACGACACCAUCAGGCUGUUCAUGGUGAUUUCGGAGAAGGUGAGAUUCGUGGGUGGACUGGGCAAACCCUGCCACGUUUUCACUCUGAUGGGUCGCGAUCUGGGCCCGUCGCCGGCCGGAUUGAACGCCAAUACUUGUAUGCUAUAUUCGGUGUAUUUGUCGAGGAAGACUAAGCUGUGAGAGGUCGUCGAGGCCGGUACCACUUCGAUUUCUUCCUCCCACUUUUUGCCCGGUUCGAUUUCUUGCGGUGAAUUCAACACCAAAUAGAAAAUCUGAAAGUAUUUCGGCAGGAUUAUUUCGCGAUAAAUUUUUGAUUGGAAAUACCCACUUUGUAUCCCAGUAGUUCGCCGUUUUGCAUGUUCUGUUGCGGCGGUUUCCAUUUCAAACUAACCUCGGUGGAGGAUACCGGUUUACCUUCGAGACUUCUCGGUUCUCCUGUCGGGACCGCUUCUCCCACGUAAACGGUUAUUGGAGGACUGGCGGG